AUGGCUGACGAGGAUGCAGAAAUUGAAAUUAAAAGAGCUCUAGACGUUUUGCAGUCAAUGAUUGACAUUUCUGCAGAUCGCCUAGAAGGUUUAAGGACACAGUGUGCAACUAGUGCUGAACUAACCCAACAAGAAAUUCGAACUUUAGAGGGUAAACUUAUCAAGUUGUUUUCAAGGCAACUUGUAAACAAAGCCAAGCUUUCUGAGGAUUCUCUUCCUACAGAAAUGAAAAAUGUUCCAAGAAUAAGGCAAUGGCUUCAAGUUGUAGGUCUAAGUGAAGAUGCAGUUAAAGGAAUCAUGCUUAAAGUAUCAUCUUUAGAAGCUUUGCAAGAAAAAUCAGAGCAUGAAUUAAGAACAAUUUUAAUAGAAAGGAAUGCAAGAGAGGAAGAAGUUCGAAGAUUGAUUAGGGCAUUACACAAUCUAAGGAAAUACAUAGAAAUUUUGCUUAAAGGAGACGCUAAUAAUGAAUCAAAUGAUCUUAAGCUUUACUGGGAUUCAUGGGACAGACAUAGAGGAAAUAUUUCAACUUCUUCAACUUCCCCUAGGCCUGUCAGUUCAAGAGCAACAAGAUGCUCUAUUCCCUCAGAAGAAGCCUUACCUUACAAUAACAACAAUAACUAUAAUAACAAUCAUAUGAUAAAUAAUAUGACUGGUAAAAUAGCUUGUGCAGUUUCCCUUACCUCAAUCAAUAGCACACCUACUCAUCAUUCUUCAAGUAUUUCUUCUAAUAAAGGUGAAAGAUCAAAGUAUCCGACAACUCCACCGCCUCAUAAAAAACAUCAAACUGGGGUAACACCUCUUGUACCUGCAUUGUUAUCAGACUUGUCUCUAACCAAGUCUAGAUCUCAUGAGUCUCAAUUGGGAUACAGUGAAAACAAUCAAAUAGGAAAUGGUGAAAGUCACGAUUUUGUGACUCGUCGGGGACGCUUGCCAACAGAGCCUGGGCCUAAUUGCAGUUCAGAAUUGGAUUACACUUCUCCUCUUAUUUCUAGUCCGGUGAAAUCUCCUCCAUAUAAUUCAGCAGGAGACAGUGACGACAGUUCUUACAAAAGCUUGCAAGUUCCCAAGUCGCCUCGAACGCCGACGUUACCUAGACCUGGAGUUAUGGGUCAUGUUAUCGCUCAUCGAUUUACAAAAACUUACAAAAUGAUGACUACUUGCGAUUAUUGCGAAAAGCAAAUGUUUAUUGGAACCGGGUUAAAAUGUAAAGAAUGUAAAUAUAAAUGUCAUAGAGAUUGCGAAUCGAAAGUACCACCUUCUUGCCGCUUGCCUAGAGAAUUACUGGAUGAAUUUAUUCAAGGUUUCAAUUCACUUUUAAUUACCUUGAAUUUUUUUUUUUUUUUUUUGUUAUUGCAAACAAUAAAUUUUUUUUUAUAUUUUGAAGCUAACAAUUCACCGAAUUUGGGUCGAACAUCUAUGCCAUCACCUAAACAUCGAGUUACUGCUAGAUAUGGGAACCGUACCAGAAAGCCUUCUUAUCCGCAACCAUCGAUACCCAUACCGCCUUUCCCGGGUCCAGAUUCAAGCUCUACUUCAAGCUGUAAUAGUUCUACGCCGUCAAGCCCUGCCUUAGUUUUGCCCACAUUAACUCCUCAGAUUCAUGGAAAGCCUCAAUUUUUAUAUCCAGUUGUACUGGAUAUUAUUAAAUAUUUACAAAAUAAUUUUAAAAUUUCAGAUAUAAAUCAUUCAGAAAGAAGUAUCACACUUGAAACUCAUCCUCUUGCUACGACUCCCGUUUUAGAAGAAUUACUUGAUAAGUACAAGUCUCAAGAUAGUGACAAAACGGUAUCCGUAUCCGGUUCCGGUAGUCUUAGUACCGAUUCUGAGCGAACUCCCAUCCGAGUAGAUAGCCAAGAUAGUCAGGUAUCAGACGGAGAACCUGAUAGAGGCUGGCCUCGUCAGAAUAGUCUGUCAAUUCGAGAAUGGGAUAUCCCUUACGAAGAAUUACAAAUCGGGGAUUCAAUCGGUACGGGGAGAUUCGGAACGGUGUAUCGGGGGAAUUGGCACGGAGAUGUUGCCAUAAAAGUUCUAAAUAUGGAUUAUUUAGACGACGAAAAACGAUUGGACGCUUUUAAACUUGAAGUUGCAACAUUCCGAAAAACGAGGCAUCAAAAUUUAGUCUUAUUUAUGGGUGCUUGCAUGAAUCCCAAAUCUUUUGCAAUCGUAACUUCUCUGAGUAAAGGAAUGACGUUAUACACUCAUAUACAUCUUCGCAAGGAUAAAUUUACCAUGAAUAAGACUAGUAUUAUUGCACAGCAAAUAUCGCAGGGAAUGGGAUACUUACACGCCAGAGGAAUUAUCCACAAAGAUUUAAAGACGAAAAACAUUUUUUUAGAAAAUGGAAAAGUAGUCAUAACAGAUUUUGGAUUAUUUGGAGUUACAAAACUUUCGUUCGUUUUCAUUAUAUUACCAACAAAAGGAACGGAGAAUUUAAUUAUUCCACCCGGUUGGCUUUGUUAUUUGUCUCCCGAAAUUAUGCGGAGUUUAAAAUCGUCAUAUCAACCAGAUGAAGAGGAAUUGCCAUUUAGUAGAGCAUCCGACAUUUACGCUUUCGGAACGGUGUGGUACGAAUUACUUUGCGGAGAUUGGCCCUUUAAAGGUCAAUUGCCGGAAGCGAUAAUUUGGCAAGUGGGAAAAGGAAUGAAACAAUCUUUGGCUAAUCUUCAGGCUUCGAGAGAUGUUAAGGAUAUUUUAAUGAUGUGUUGGGCGUAUCGAGCAACGGAUCGUCCCGAUUUUACUUCUUUAUUAAAGACUUUAGAAAAAUUACCGAGAAAAAGAUUAGCAAGAAGUCCUUCGCAUCCAAUUCAUUUAUCUCGUUCGGCAGAAAGCGUAUUUUAG